AACGCUCAUUUCACAGAAACAAUAUUUUUCUUUUCGGAAGAAGAUCCCGACAAAGCGGCCCUGUUUCUUUUCAGCUUAAAAAAAAAUAAAACAUAGUCGAAAAUCUGAAAACCGACGAUGUACGCUCGGACAAAUACCAGCAGCACACAUGGAGACUUCCAAGAUAGAAACGGGGUGAACUAUGUUACAUCGACAGAGUCUUUCGGCCACUGCUCUCAAUUGUUCUGGAAAAAGGACCCCAACGACUCCGGACCAAGUUCAACGAUCAGCUGGUGCGAUCAGCUUCCUUCAUCCUCAGCAGCUCUCUCCACCUCCAGCCUCUCCUCAGCAUCGCUCUCCAGCUCCAGCCUUUCCUCAGCGUCGCUCUCCAGCUCCAGGCUCUCUAUGGAGUCCCAAGCACCAGCACCGGCGCCGCCGCCACCAGCAACAACAGUGUCAGACGACAUGGAAUCGGACGAGAGGCCGUACGUCUGCGACCUGUGCAGCUGCGCCUACAAACACGCCAGCUCCCUGCUGAACCACAAACUCACCCACAAGACCGGAGACUUCAGGUGCGACUUUUGCAGUAAGCCCUACACCAACUACAUGUCCUUGCGCAACCACAUGCGAAUCCACGGUCAGAAGCGCUACAUGUGCGACCUGUGCGGGAAGGCCUUUCGCCUGGCCCGGUACCUCCGUAACCAUCAGAGGAUCCACGACGAUGGGCCCAACCGCUUUGACUGUCCCUCCUGCUGCAAGAGCUACAGAACCAUGUUAGAGCUGGCUCAGCAUCGCUGUAGCGCUGCUGCGUCCAACCAGAACCGAUUCAACUGCCCGUCCUGCUUUAAGAGCUACCGAACCAUGCUGGACCUGGCCCAGCACCGCUGCAGCGCCGCGGCCAAAAACCAGUCCGGCGGUCGUCGCUCCAACUUCUCAGCUACACCUCGUCGCCAGCAACAACAACAACAACAACAGCAACAGCAGCAGCAGAAUAAUGCUAACUCCAUGAUGCAACCGCAUGGCGGACAUGGCCAGCCGGAACCUCUCCCCUCUCACUGCGUCUCACCAAUGUCCCAAGGAGGGCAGGGUGGGGGCGUGGCUAGUCAGCCUGUGCCUGACCCCCACCAGCAGGGCCGCCCCAGCUCGGUGUCCUCUCAGGGCAGCCAGCAGAACAUGAGGAGCUCGUCCUCCAAUAAACAUGUCUCCUCGUCCAACGCUACCCCGUCCUCCUCCUACUCCCUUCUUCAGCCCCUGGUGCCUGAGGUAAAGGAGAUGAGCUCGGGAUACACUAGGCUGAGCGCCAACCCCAUGCCGAAGCACCAGGACACUUUCUCUCUGCCCCCCCAGCGACCUCUCACCACCAUCAACCCCAUCGGCCACUCCCUUCAUCCGAACGGAGCGCCCACACUCAAGCCCUCCCCCGUGCCACGCACCAUCCAGGCCAUGCCCUGGGAACAGCGCUCCCUCUACAACCAAUGAGACACCUGGGGAACCAACACCUCCCUGUUCGCGUCACAUCUAUGACCACGCACCCUCCUUCUCCACCCCGACCCUCUCAGAUCCAGCGUCAAGGACGGACGACUGCCGGACGCCUGCCUUUUCCUUCAGUCCUCCUCUGGAACGUUGUUUGGGAUUGGGGGAGGGCACCGUUGAGAACUAGUUGAGAUUGAUUACUGAGUAGUUAGGUUUAAAACGAUGUGUUGCCUUGACCCUCAUGUAUGAUCUAUGCCAUGUACUGGAUAUAAGUUAAAAUGUCUGUCUCCUAAUCUGUCCUCACUAAGAAUUUAUCUCCCUCAUCCUCCUCUACCACCCUAGUUAUGAAAUAUUUAUCCUUCCCAUUAUGAGUAGUGUCUCCCCACCACCUUUUCCGUAUGUUAAAUGAAGCCUAUUUUUAUUAAGAGUGUGUUCCAAACCCAUGAUAAUGGAUUCCUGGCGCCAAGUUGUAAAAAUAAUUGUUAAAGGUUUUUAACAUAACACCCUUUUAUUUUAUUUUUCGUCCAAUGAGGUUUCUGGAAAAGUAUGGACGGGGGAAACAUGAACAGUUUCUUUGUAUUUUUUUUUUCACCCUCCCCUCGGACGAGCUCCAGAACGAACAUUGUGUAUAUUGUGCGUUAGGGGGUGUAAUGAAUUCCGUUCUCUCAGCAAGGACCACAAAAGAAACAUUUCUGCAAAAAACCCAUUUCUCCCUGUUCCUGCCCGUUCGGCUCAGGUGUGCUGUGGAGACUGAAGCCACCGAACAAGGACAGUCGGGGGCGCUGUUCUUUUAACACACAACUGAAAGCUCACAUUUUUUCUAAACUUGCAUCUGACUGGUGGUUUGUGGUUAUUGUAGUUUUAAUAAUAUGUUGGCUGGGAAUCGAAUCUAGAAGAUAACAGAGCGAGUCUCCAUCCCUUUUGUUCCAAACUGACUGUUACGAGGUUUGUUCCUUUCACUUUGAGGCAUUUGAAGAAGUGCUGUAUAAUUAUCACUGUCUCACUUCCACCCCUCUACCGAGAGCUGUGUCUGCUGUAAAGAUGUGACAUUGCCUUACAUCGCACCCCCUCCCACCACCACUCACUCAUGCCAUCACCAGUGACUUAGCAGUCACACCGGGCCUGGCUCCCACACACCUCCAGCUCCUGUAGGGAAAAAUCAAACACACACAAGACACCGCCUGACUCUCACUACUCCCAGGGUUUAGUUAAAGCUUAGAUUUCAGUAAGCAGCCAAUCACCUCUGGCCAAGUUAAUAAGAAUUUAGUCCAAUCUGACAGUGAAAUAAUGGCUCCAGUAUGUAGUUCUGUUAGAUUAUCUCUCGCUAACAUGGUGUUCAUUGAAAUACCCACAGUUCUACUGACAUUGUAUUUUCUCUUUUUAAAGUUGUUUCUAUUUUUAUUCAUAUGUUUUCAUUGUUGCUUUCUCUAUCCUUGUAAAGUGUCUUUGAGUAUUUAGAAAAGUGCUAUACAAAUAAAAUGUUUUAUUAUUAUCA